CCGGCCUCCCCACAGCAGAGGAUGAUGAAGCUCAAGUCCAACCAGACUCGCACCUACGACGGGGACGGGUACAAGAAGCGGGCGGCUUGCCUCUGCUUCCGCAACGAGAGCGAGGAAGAGGUGUUGUUAGUAAGCAGUAGUCGUCAUCCAGAUAGAUGGAUUGUUCCUGGAGGUGGCAUGGAGCCUGAAGAGGAGCCCAGCGUGGCUGCUGUGCGGGAAGUUUGUGAAGAGGCUGGCGUGAAGGGGACAUUAGGAAGAUUAGUAGGAAUUUUUGAGAAUCAGGACAGGAAGCACAGAACAUAUGUUUACGUACUUAUUGUCACAGAAGUGUUGGAAGACUGGGAGGACUCUGUGAAUAUUGGAAGGAAAAGGGAAUGGUUUAAGAUAGAUGAUGCCAUAAAAGUUCUGCAGUAUCACAAACCUGUGCAGGCCUCGUACUUUGAAACCUUGAGGCAAGGCUGUUUGGCAAACAACGGCACCCCUGUUGUGACCGCAUCAUUCUCAAAAGAGAGCACUAUGUCUGAUAUCAGAUGACUGAGGAUGUCUGUAUAAGAAAAACAGAUUUUGAAAAGUAGACUGAAAACUUGGAUUUCCCUUCCUCUUUCCCUCUUCUUGCCUCUUUCACAUGCUCCCUCUGUCAAACAAGACAUGUGCAGCAGCCUUUGGCAGAGCAAAUGUUUGAGUGUUGCAUUCUAGUGGAAAGUGGGGUUUUCUUGCUUUUCCUUGGAUAUGUAUUUUGUAAAACACAUCUUGUGCAUGAAGUGCCCCUUCCCUAUUAACCAAAUUUUAACAACCUGAAGGGCAAGGCUGUUUGCUUCACCUCCGCCUUGUCUUCUGAAAUGUUCUCUGUGUGUUGUCCCAGCCAUAACCAGACCUUUUAUCUUUUCAGUUAAAGAAGGGUACAAAUGUGAGGUGGGUUCUUUAAGUCUUAGACUUUGUACAGUAAGGUGCUGUUGAGAUCCAUUUGGCCACUUUCUCAGUGCAUGUGUGUAAACUUUUUUUCAGAUGGAGAAAC